UCCCUCCACCGCUGCGUGUGUAGGAAGUGAUGUGGUAAGUUUUUGAACAGAUGUGUGUUAGCUAGCAGGCUAACACCGGGACCAGGGCCAGGGGAGAGUGGGAGAGAUGAUCACCGGAGAUCACACCUCGGUCUCGGUGUCCGUGAGUUCGGAAAGACGCGGGGAGUGCUGACAGUUCCGCUUCGGAUGUUGUUAGCAUGCUAGCGCGGAGUUAGCGGGGGGCCGAGGCUAGGCUGAGGCAGCAGUUUGAGGCGCCAUGGUGUCCGCGGGCGGCGGCGUGUCGGAGCCGCUGCAGUGGUUGUGCCUGGUGACGCUGUUCCUCGCCUCGCUGGUGACUUUAAUCAUCUACCUGGUGCAGUAUUUCGGUGUUUUCCUGAGCCGAAGCAGGACACGGGCCGGAGUGGAGGAGUGUGAGGAUGCGGAGCGGCUGCUGAGCUGGGCGCUGGAGCUGAAGAGCUGGAGGACGGAGUGGAGGAGAGCCUGGAUCCGAGCCCUGAACCUCCACCACCACAGUACACAGGGAGCGAUCCAGCUGGUGUUUGAGGAGGAUGGUGUUCAGUCGUCAGAUCUCAGCAUCCACCAUGUCUUCAGCUUUACCCGAACACCUGGACGGAAGGAUGUGCAGUGUGAGGUGAUCGGAGACAAACUGCAGUUUUCUCUCAGCGCCUGUCUGAACUCAGGCUCCACACACUCUCCUCUGAGAUACAGCGUGAAAAUCUCACCACUUCAUCUGCAGCUGGCCUUGCAGAUGGCAGAGGUGGAUGGAGAAGUUCAGAUUACAUGGGGACUGGAACAGCUGAACCUGACACACCUGCAGCUUACACCCAGUUACACACAGGGAACGUCGGUGUGUGUGAGUGAAGUGGCAGUAAAGAGCAGGCUGCAGCAGAUUCUGUGUGAAACUCGAGCUUCAGUGACUCUCAGCAGCCGGACUGCACAACCUGCAGAUCUGAAGGAAAUGAGGAACAGGAUUUUGGAGGUCUCCACUCCCCCUAAACCCCCUCGUGCUCACCAGUGGAAACUUCUAGUGAAGAACAUCCGGGUCACGUAUAACCAGGAGAAUGGAGUUGCAGGCAGUGUAAGUCCUCAGUGUGUUCUGCAGUUAGAUGAUCCUCCUCAGACAUUGAGCUCAGCGGUGCUGGGUGAUGUGAGUGAGCCGGUGUGGGAUCAUCCAUUUAUCUUUGAGCUCAGCGGCAGGUCGAAGGAGCUGAAGAUCCAGCUGUUGGAUCAUGGGAAACCUCCAGACAGCUGUGUGCUCGGCCAGGUGUGUGUACCGUUUAAUCUGGUGAAGAGGAGCCCAAGAGGAGAAAACACUUUUACACUGAUGAACACACACCAAGUGAUUGGAUCUCUGACUACUGAGUUGUCGUACCUGGAGCCGAGUGAGGUGCGUACAUGGCAACCUCCUACUCCAGCAUCAGCCAGGCGAGUGGAGAUGGACAGAACCGUGAUGCCAUGUGGCACCGUCGUCACCACCGUCACAGCGGUCCGGAGCAGACCGGGGCGCCCCCUACCCACAGAAUCAGUGAAACCUCCAGCCAAAGCCAAGCUGGCAGAGAGACGAGUGUCUGAACAGCCCUCAGUGCUGGGGGCUAAAGUCAGCAAAGCCUUAUCAGCAUCUGAUACAGAGCUGCUGAUGUUGAACGGGACCGACCCGGUGGCCGAGGCGGCCAUCAAACAACUGUACGAAUCUGCUAAACAGAAACUGAAAUCUCCUGUCAAAAAGAGCACCAUCAUCAUCUCUGGAGUGGCAAAGGCGCCUCUGUCUCAGGACGAGGAGAUGAUUCUGAUGGCCGGCUACGCUGCGGCGAUGGACGCCUCCAUGAGCGAAUCGAGUCCCGAGUGCACGAGGCAGGACGCGGAGACGCUCUCCGAGCACUGCGUCUCAGACGCCACCGAUCCUCUAGAGGGUCCGAGCGGAGCAGACUGGGAGAGUCAGACCGGAGAGGAAUCGGACCUAACUUCGCUGUCCCUCUGCGUCUCCGAGACAGAGUCCAAAAAGAGGAAAGGCAGCUUCCUCCAUAAGGGCGCUCGGCUGUUUUUCAGACGCCGGCAGCAGAGGAAGGAGCCGGGGAUGAGUCAGUCCCAUAACGACCUGCAGUACCUGGAGCAGGCCGAGGAGAGACGCACAGCCACCUUCAAACGCAUCCUCAACCGCAAACUGCACAAACACAAGAGCAAAGGCAACGGAGUCCAGACGCCAGACCUCCAUCACCCUCACUAACACCCUCACACACCCUACUAACACCUCACACGCACUCUCACACACUCCGUCUCCAAAACGUCAGAGCGCUAAUUUAAUACUAAUCCGAACAGACUCGCUAAUCCUUACGCUAAUCCUCUCAGCCUGCCAGGGCGUCUACGCUACCCAACACGCUCACAUGCUACCGGCGGCCCGAUAUAUCGGAAUGACGGCGUACCGCGAGGAGGAAUCUGAACCUGUUAUAUUGUUACUCUGCCGCUACAUAUCCGUCCAGCUGACGUGUAGUGUAAUCUAAUCACGUGACCUUUCUCUUCAACAUGGCCGCCUCUAUACGUAUAAAUGGUGUAUAUAUAUAUAUAAUGUGGUCUGCACAUUUGAUCGUAUACAGACUUGGGGAAAAUAAUGUUUUGGGAAACUGAAGAUGAGCUUGAUGAUGAUGAGGAUCAGAUUUUUUUUUUAAUCGUUUUAUUUUUAGUUAAAAAAAAAAAAAUUAAUGCACAUUUCAGAAGUCAACUUUUAAACUGCGCGCAUUUAAUGACUGUAUUUAAACCCCAGAUCAAAGACUCCGCCUCGUCUCCCUCUGCGUUCACGCACAAAAAAGUCAAUGAUGUCACUUCCUGGUAGUCUCUUUUGGGCGUGGCCUGUCCAGUACUAAUGAUCUAAUAAUAGAAGGUGAAACGUGCACCUGCACCCGUGUGAUUUACAGUAAUCCCCCGUUUAUAACCUAAAAACUGCGAUAAACCGAUGCCACCCUAGAAAUGCUAUUUUAUGUAUACGGUACUGUACUGUAUUAACAUUUUACUUUACUUUAUAAUUAAUAAUUAUAUCUUUAUUAAUAUAUUUCAUUAUCAACAUAAAACUCAGGAAAAUCAGCCAAACUAAUUAGUUAUGUGUCAAAUGCAAUUCCGUGAUAAACCGAGAUUUGAACAGCGGUAAAGCGGGAGGUUACUGUAUACACAUCCCAGUGUUACUGCUCUUUAAACAUGGGUGUGGGAUUUAAAGGGAAAAAUAUCCCAAAGUAUUGGCACCCUUUAUCAUCAUACUGAUGAUAGAGGCUUCAUUAAUUAUUAUUGUAAUUGUGGUGAUAAAAAUGUCAUUAAAUUAAAAUGAACCACAAAAUGAACUUUAAUUAAAAUAUCACCACAUAGUUUUAUAUAUAACAUGAAUUUCUCCUUUAUUUUAUUAUUAUAAAAGAGUUUUAUAAAUUGUAACGUAAUUACAGGGAUUCGCUAAUAUAGUUAAUAAUAGAUACCCCACACACACUAAAACAUUCCCACGCCCUGGUGGAAGCAGUAAUUCUGUUAAGAGGCCAAAUACACUGCCGUGUGUGUGUGUGUGUGUGUGUGUGUGUGUGUGUGUGUGAGAGAGAGAGAGAGAGAGGUGCCAUAUCUGGAUUUGACUUUGGGGUUUUUUUUUUUACUUUUUUUUUUAUUAUUAUACAAUCCUAAUCAGAUUAAAUAUUGUUUCAUGAGUAUGUGUGUGUGUGUGUGUGUGUGUGUGUGUGUGUGUGUGUGUGUGUGUGUGUAAA